CCAAUCGGCGGGCGCGCCCUCGUUGCCGCUCUAUGCCGCUCCGCCCAGGCUCGCUGGUCCCAGAAGGCGCCGGGUUUCCCAAGAUGGCGGCCGACGUGUCCGUUACUCACCGGCCCCCGCUGAGCCCGGAGGCUGGGGCCGAGGUUGAAGCUGCUGAUGCCGCGGAGCGCCGGGCGCCCGAAGAAGAACUGCCGCCGCUAGAUCCAGAGGAGAUCCGGAAACGGCUAGAACAUACCGAGCGCCAGUUCCGUAACCGCCGCAAGAUACUGAUCCGGGGCCUCCCGGGGGACGUGACCAACCAGGAAGUGCACGACCUGCUCAGCGACUAUGAGCUCAAGUACUGUUUUGUGGACAAAUACAAAGGGACAGCCUUCGUGACCCUGCUGAACGGGGAGCAGGCUGAGGCUGCCAUCCGCGCCUUCCACCAGAGCCACCUGCGGGAGCGCGAGCUGUCCGUGCAGCUGCAGCCCACGGACGCCCUGCUCUGCGUGGCCAACCUGCCCCCCAGCUUCACCCAGCAGCAGUUCGAGGAGCUGGUGCGGCCCUUCGGCAGCCUGGAGCGCUGCUUUCUGGUCUACAGCGAGCGCACCGGCCACUCCAAGGGCUACGGCUUCGCGGAGUACAUGAAGAAGGACUCGGCCGCCCGCGCCAAGUCGGACCUGCUGGGCAAGCCGCUGGGCCCGCGCACCCUCUACGUGCACUGGACAGAUGCCGGGCAGCUGACACCUGAGCUGCUGCAUUCGCGCUGCCUCUGUGUCGACCAGCUGCCCCCUGGCUUCAGCGACGGGGACGCCCUGCGCCGGGCACUGGCGGCGGCCCACACACCCACCUUCUGCCAGCUGGCAUAUGGCCAGGAUGGACAGCUGAAGGGCUUCGCUGUGCUGGAGUACGAGACAGCGGAAAUGGCAGAAGAAGCGCAGCAGCGGGCGGACGGCCUGGUGCUGGGGGGCAGCCACUUGCGCGUCUCCUUCUGUGCCCCAGGGCCCCCUGGCCGCAGCAUGCUGGCCGCGCUCAUCGCUGCCCAGGCCACGGCCCUCAAUCGGGGCAAAGGACUCCUGCCCGAGCCCAACAUCCUGCAGCUGCUCAACAACCUGGGGCCCUCUGCCUCCCUCCAGCUGCUGUUGCACCCCCUGCUCCACGGCACUGCAGGGGGCAAGCAGGGCCUCCUGGGUGCACCUCCGGCCAUGCCGCUGCUCAGCGGGCCCGCCCUAUCCACGGCGCUCCUGCAGCUCGCCCUGCAGACCCAGAGUCAGAAGAAGCCCGGGAUCUUGGGAGACUCUCCCCUGGGCACCCUUCAGCCUGGGGCCCAGCCGGCCAACCCCCUCCUCGGGGAGCUGUCUGCAGGGGGGGCCCUGCCCCCGGAGCUGCCGCCCCGGCGAGGGAAGCCACCGCCUCUGCUGCCGCCACUGCUUGGCCCCUCUGGGGGUGACCGGGAAGCCAUAGGCCUGGGUCCCCCAGCAGCCCAGCUCACUCCACCCCCUGCCCCAGUGGGACUCCGAGGCACCGGCCUUAGGAGCCUCCAGAAAGACAGUGGACCUCUGCCAGCACCCCCUGGGGUCUCGCUGCUGGGGGAACCCCCAAAGGACUUCCGGAUCCCCCUGAAUCCCUACCUGAACCUACACAGCCUACUCCCGGCCAGCAACCUGGCGGGUAAGGAGGCUCGGGGCUGGGGAGGCACAGGGAGAAGCCGCCGCCCGGCUGAGGGCCACCUGCCUAACCCCCCAGCCCCUGGAGGUGGCGGUGGAGGCGGCGGCAGCAGCAGCAAAGCCUUCCAGCUCAAGUCCCGCCUGCUCAGCCCUCUCGCCAGCACCCGCCUGCCCCCUGAACCAGGGCUGCCUGACAGCUGUGGUUUCGACUACCCCUCGGAUGUGGGACCUCGGCGGCUCUUCUCCCACCCACGGGAGCCGGCGCUAGGGCCUCACAGACCCAGCCGACACAAAAUGUCCCCCCCGCCAAGUGGUUUCGGAGAACGGAGUGGCGGGGGCGGCGGGGGGCCCCUCUCCCACUUCUAUUCGGGUUCUCCCACUUCCUACUUCACCAGUGGCCUGCAGGCUGGCCUCAAGCAGAGCCACCUUAACAAGGCCGUCGGCUCCUCUCCACUGGGCUCCGGAGAAGGGCUCCUGGGCCUCGGCCCUGGGCCAAAUGGCCACAGCCACCUGCUGAAGACCCCACUGGGUGGCCAGAAACGCAGCUUUGCCCACCUGCUGCCCUCACCCGAGCCCAGCCCUGAAGGCAGCUAUGUGGGCCAGCACUCCCAGGGCCUUGGGGGCCACUACGCAGAUUCCUACCUGAAGCGCAAGCGGAUUUUCUAA